GGUCCCUUUUAUCUCCAACGCGAACCCUAACCCUACCGUUUCCCCACCAAUUAUCGGAAUCAAAUUCCUCUACAAAUAACCUUCCAAUCCAAUCCAAUCCAAUCCAUUUUACAUCUCUAACAAUUCACAGAUUCAUUCUAUUAUAAUUUGAAAAAUGUAUAACGGAAUAGGGCUCCAGACCCCUCGGGGAUCCGGAACCAAUGGCCACAUCCAGUCCAACAAGUUCUUCGUCCGCCCCAACACUAACAAGGUCGUCACCAACGGCUUUCAAUCGGAUCAAGGAAUGGCCGGCGUCACCCGGAAAGCCAACAAGGACAUCUUGGAGCACGAUCGGAAGCGCCAGAUUGAGCUCAAGCUCAUCGUCUUGGAGGAUAAGCUCACCGAUCAGGGUUAUACAGAUGCCGAGAUCGCCGAGAAGCUCGAUCAGGCCAGGGAGGCUCUCGAAGCCAAGGAUAACAAUGAUGCUGCGGGAGGAAAUAAAUCGCGUUUAUCGGAUAAGGUAUCGGUGACACAGACUCAUCAAAUAGCUGCAUUGAAGGAAAGGCAGAUGGAAAAUCUGAAGGCUGCACUUGGAAUUGAAUCCGCUUCUGAGAAAGAAAAGAAGCGCAGGGAUGCCGAGGCCCUAAAUUUCAAGGAGAUUCUUGAUGAGGGUGAAAUACUGGAUACGGAUACUGUAGCAACACAAAAAGUUGGGAAGAAAAAUAAAUCUGGUAGGAAUAAAAAAAAGAGGGAUAAAAAUUCGGAUAGCAGUGAGGGUUCUGAUGCUGAUGUUAGGAAGUUUACGGGGAAGUCAUCUGGGAAGCAGAAGAGAGUUUCUAGGCAUGACAGUAGUUCAUCUGGUUCAGAUUCACAGUCUGAUUCCGAUUCUGAGUCUUAUCACGAUAAGAAAAACAUUAGGGCUCGUGGACGCCAUGAUUCUGAUUCUGAUGACAGCCAACACUCCCUGGGGAGAGGCAUGAAAAAGCUGAAGAAGUCUUCAAAGGGCAAGCGCCGUGAUUCUGAUGAUGACUACAGCUCCCCUGGAAGUCCUCAGAGGAGAAAGCAAAGUGAAAAGAAGUCUUCAAACAGCAAACACCAUGAAUCUCACUGUUCUGAUGAGAGCCCUGACAGGAGAAAGCAAGAGCUAAAGAAGCAUAUGCUUCUGUCUAAGAGUAAGCGGCAUGGUUAUGAUGAUAACAGAGCCUGUGAGAGUCCAGAGAGGAGAAAGCUAGAAGAAAAGAAGCCAUCAAAGAGCAUGCUGUUGUCGAAGCACAAGCGACAUGAGAGUCCUGAGAGGAGAAAGCAAGAGCUAAAGAAGUCUUCAAACAGCAGGCGGCAUGAUUCCGAUGAUGAUUACAGCUCUGGGGAGAUCCCUGAGAGGAGAAAGCAAGAGUUAAAGAAGCCAUCUAAGAGCAAGCGAUAUGAUUCUGAUGAUGGCUACAGCUCCCGGGAGAGCCUUGAGAGAAGAAAGAAAGAGCAAAAGAAGCCUUUAAAGAGCCCACGACUUGACUCUGAUGACUACUACAACUCUGGCGAGGUCCCUGAUAGGAGGAAGCUAGAGCUAAAGAAGCCAUCAAGCAGCAAGCGACACGAUUCCGAUGAAAAGUUCAGUCCUAAGAGAGGAAAACAGGAUCAUGACAGUAGAAGUCAUCAUAAGGGAGCUCAGAAGGAUGGAGAAUCUGACUUGGAUGAUAAACAUGAUCCUCGUGAAAGCUUCAAGAGUAGGAGACAGAGGGGUUAUGAGAUGAGCAGGCAACAUGAUGAUUCGGAUGAUAAGUUGGAGAAAGGUGUGAGAAGCGGAACUGAGAAGGUGAUUCCAUUACCUGAUAGUCCGAAGCACAGUCAUUAUGAUAUUAGUAGGAAACCCACGAGCGAGAUACAAGAUAAAUUUGGUGAUAGGUAUGUUCAAGGAAGCGACAGUGACAGAGAAGAUAAAAUUGGUGAUGGGUAUGGUCAAGGAAUCGACAUUGACACACAAGUUAAAAUUGUCGACAGGUAUGGUCAAGGAAGUGACAUUGAUUCUGAUGAAGCACCCAAAAGGGGAAGGGGAAGGGGACGACAUGAUAGAGAUAAUGAUUUAAGUUCUGGUCGUGGUAGACUAGAUAGAAACAGUACGAGGGAUGAUCACUAUAAGACUGGUGAAAGAAGCAGAGGUAAUGCUAGGAAUCAAGAAAGAGGGGAUGCUGAAGGUGGCUUUGGAAAAAGGCAUGAAAGAGAGAGAGGGGAUGAUAAAGAUCGCCAUGGAAGAGAGCAUGAAAGAGAGAGAGGUGAUGGUGGAGAUCGCGAUGUUAGACGUGAUGGAGAUAGAGAGCCAUACAAGAGAGAUCGUGAGCAUCAACGAGAAGAGGAGCACACAAGUAAGAAAGACGAGAGAGGUGGGGAACACAUUUCGAAGAGGGCUAGGUAUGAUAGUGGAAGGACAUACACUGAGGAGGACAGGAUUGAUGAUAGGCGGUCCAGGCGCCGGUGAUAAACUAAUGGGGGGAGUGCUGCUUUCUUCAAGUUUGGUGAUUGUAAGUUGUCUUGCAUUAAGUGCAUAGUUGUUUGUCAUACCUGAUUUUGCAGUGUGAUAUGCGCUUUGCCAAUGUAUAUGAUGUUGGUAUAAUGGUAUGGUAUUGCAAUAUUUAUUCUCA